AUGUCAGAGGAUACCAACGGCGCCUCCGCUACGGAUGAGAUGCCCACCCAGAGCAAUGUUUACAAACCGUCUCUCACCGUCGACGUUACGACCGAUGUAUCAAAGGAAGGUCCCGAUAUGAGCAUUAGCCCUCACGCGAGUCAAACCCCGCACGUUUCGACAAACAUUUUCGUGGCUGGGAUCCCGGCGUAUUGGGAUGAAAACGACCUCCGUGAGCAUUAUAAACAAUUUGGUGAAAUUAUUUCGACAAGGGUAGUAAAAAAUAGACACUUCGGGUUCGUGAUGUUUCGUCUUCCGGACUCCGCGCAUGUCGCGAUCAACGCCACCCACCUUACUCGACCUGUGCAAAAUAGUCCAACCCUGCUCCACGUCUCAAUAGCCAUGCACGACGAGGGCGUGGAUGAGCAACCCAACGACCGGUUAUUCGUACGAAACCUCCCGCAAUGGGCGACAAAAGACCACCUGAAGCAGUGCUUUGCCGGUUUCGGGACCAUCCUGGAGUGUGCGGUCCUAAUGAACCCCCUCGGGCAGUGCAAAGGCUCGGGGUUUGUGCAGUUUUCCUCCCUCAAAGAGGCCGCCGCGGCGAUUGACGGGCGCAACAGCAUCAAAAUAGACAACUGGGAUCAACCGCUGGAGGUGAAGUACUCCGAAACCGCCGAGGUGCGGCGGCAGCGACAGGAGCGGAAUCGCAACCGUCAAAAGAAGCUCAUGCGGGCCCCGCGGUAUAAAGGGGGCAGCCUACCGAUGCCGAUCGACUCGCCGUAUUUUUUCUCCCCCGCGAUCUCCGUGCUGCCCUCCCCGCACGCCGGCUACCCCCUCCUCAGCCCCGUUCCGUUGCCGAUGGUUUACCCGCAAUCCCCACCGUUGUCGUCCGCGACGGGGCCGAGCGUCACCUCGCCGCAGCCCACGCAGAUCAUCUACUCACAGCCCCUCGCCCCGGCGAACCCGACGUUUUAUUCGCCGCAAAAUAUGAUCGUCCUGAACUCCGCGCCGUUUCCACAGAAAGGGGAUCUCUACUUCUCCGGCGCGAGCUUCCUGGACGACCUGUUUGGGAUGUUGCUGCAGCCGUUUGGGCAGAUUGAUAAGAUGGAAAGGUUUGGGCAGGAAGGGAUCAGCAUUCGAAUGAAGGAUAGCUCGCAGCACCCUUUGAUCGCACAGCAACUAAAUGGAACUAUUUUUGCAACAGGCGAGGUACUUUCGGUCGCCUUAUAUGCUUAA